GACAUUGAAUGAUAAUUUCCAGUUCCCGCUCAAUUUGUAUUUGUGGACAAAAACUGGCAAAAACGAAAAAACAUUUGUGGUUACAAUCGUUUUUAUUGUGAGUUAUUUGAUUCGUGUAAUUAAUAAAACUAUUAAAUAGUAUCAAAAUGGCUAGAAGAGACUAUGAUAAAGAUAAAGAACAAUUGAAGACAUUCCUUUUGGAGUACUGCAUAACUGACAACUCUGGUAACAAGAAUUUUAAGUACUCCAAUCAAUUGACGAAAUUAGCACAUCGAGAACAAGUCGGGUUUUGGAUAGAACUGGAUGAUGUGAAUGAUUUUGAUGAUGAUCUAGCCAAAGCCAUUCAGUUAAAUACCCGUCGAUAUAGCAAUUUGGUUGCCGAUAUUGUUUUCGAGCUGCUACCAACGUUCGUGCAGAAAGAUGUGGUGGCUAAAGAUGCUCUGGAUGUUUAUAUAGAACAUCGUCUAAUGAUGGAAAACAGAUUAAGACAACCAAAUGAACAGCAUGAUGCUAGGAAUAAAUUUCCAACAGAACUUAUGAGGCGAUAUGAGAUAUACUUCCAAAACUUGACGACAAACAAAGCGGUGCCAAUUAGAGAGAUUAAGGCUGAAAACAUCGGUACUUUAGUAACCGUCAGGGGCAUAGUCACUCGUUGCACCGAAGUAAAACCCAUGAUGUGCGUCGCGACGUAUACUUGCGACCAAUGCGGCGCCGAAACCUACCAACCCAUCAACGCUCUAAGUUUUAUGCCUAUCGAUAUGUGCCAAAGCGACGACUGCAAAACCAACAAGUCAGGCGGUCGGCUGUAUUUACAAACCAGAGGAUCGAAAUUCGUAAAAUUCCAAGAAGUUAAGAUACAAGAACAAAGUGAUCAAGUACCAGUCGGACAUAUUCCACGUACUUUAACGAUAUUUUGUCGUGGUGAAGUUACAAGAAUGGCUUUACCGGGCGACCACAUUGCCGUUACUGGCGUAUUUUUACCUUUAAUCAAACAAGGAUUCAAACAAAUAAUGGGCGGACUUUUAUCCGAAACAUAUUUGGAAGCUCACAAACUAGUAUCGCUAAACAAAUUGGACUUGGAAAACUCCGAUGAUCCCCUUACAGCGGAAGAAUUGGCGACAUUGACCGGGGAAGAUUUCUAUACGAAGCUGGCGCUAUCGUUGGCGCCCGAAAUUUACGGCCAUCUUGACGUUAAAAAAGCGCUUCUCUUACUUUUGGUCGGCGGCGUGGACAAGAGACCCGACGGCAUGAAAAUCCGCGGUAACAUUAACAUUUGCCUCAUGGGGGAUCCCGGUGUGGCCAAAUCUCAGCUGCUUGGUUACAUUAACAGACUCGCGCCGAGAAGUCAGUAUACCACCGGAAGAGGUUCUUCUGGCGUAGGUUUAACAGCUUCGGUUAUGAAAGACCCGAUGACCGGUGAAAUGAUGUUAGAGGGCGGCGCUUUAGUUUUGGCUGACCAGGGCGUUUGCUGCAUCGACGAAUUCGACAAAAUGGCGGACGAAGAUAGAACAGCUAUUCACGAAGUGAUGGAACAACAAACCAUCAGCAUCGCAAAAGCGGGUAUAAUGACGACUUUGAACGCUCGAGUGUCGAUUCUAGCGGCCGCCAAUCCGGCGUACGGUCGUUACAAUCCGAAAAGAACCAUCGAACAGAACAUUCAGCUACCGGCCGCGCUUCUUUCUCGAUUCGAUUUGCUGUGGUUGAUUCAAGACAAGGCGAAUCGCGAUAACGAUCUUAAUCUCGCUAGACACAUCACUUAUGUACAUCAACACAGCAAACAACCACCCACCUUAGUCGAAGCUUUGGACAUGAAAGUUAUGAGGAAGUAUAUCUCUAUGUGUAAGAUGAAGGAUCCCGCGAUACCAGAAGAAUUGACGGACUUUAUCGUUUCGGCGUACGUCGAACUUAGGAUUGAAGCCCGCAACUCCAAGGACAUGACGUUCACUUCGGCCAGAAAUUUGCUCGGUAUUUUACGUCUUUCGACUGCUUUGGCACGUUUGAGACUGUCGAAUAUCGUAGAAAAGGACGACGUUAACGAAGCCAUCAGACUCAUGGAGAUGAGCAAGGACUCAUUGAAACACACGUUCGAGAAUCAAGGACAAAGGCCUCCAAAUGUCAACGACAAGAUUUUCGCAAUUAUUAGCGAGUUGGCUGGGGAUAAUAAGACUGUCACCAUGUCUGCAGUGCUAGAAAAAUGUGCCAGUAAAGGAUACAACCCGGAUCUAGUUGACGCUUGCAUAGACGAAUACGAGGAGCUGAAUGUUUGGUUGAUCAAUCAAACUAGGACUAAGCUUACUUUUAUCUAAUUGUUUUUUUGUAUCAUGUUCUCGUUUAUUAUUUUUUUUUAUUGAGUGUGUUUUGUAUUAAGAAACGUAUUUUAGGCCACAUCACUAUUUCCUUGGUUUUUUUUAUAAGAACGAUUAAACCUUUUCGUACAAAUUUUAAAGA